GCGAGGACCAUAAUUUACCUCAGGUGGUUAUCGAUGUAAUAUUUCCACGCUACUUGACUACAACAAUUAUAAACGCUAAUAUUCAUCACUUAACAUUUUGCCGAAUUUUUAAAGAUAAUAGAAAAUAAUAUGUAGUAGUUUUCAUCAUAGCUUUUGAGGAGAUAACGUUAAUAUUAGAAAGGUAACUCAAACAUGACCACCAAACAGAAGAGGCAAAUUCAAGCCAAACAAGCGACUGAUGAGUGGACCGGUUUAUUUCAGGAGCUGAAGACUCAAGCUCAGUCCCUGGUGUUUGUCAAACGGAUGAUGGUUGUAGCUGUAUCCUCCAUCACUUAUCUGCGGGGAAUAUUUCCUGAGGACUCCUACAGAUCAAGAUACAUGGACGAUUUGUGUAUCAAAGUUCUAAGACAGGACUGUUCAUGCCCUGGAGCCAGCAAGCUUGUUAAUUGGCUGAUAGGAUGUUUUGAUGCAUUAGAGAAGAGCUAUCUCCAGAUUGUGGUUAUUGGGGUGCACAAAAACCCCGGUGACAGCAAUCAUGUCAUUGAGUCCUAUCAGUUUAAGUUCAGAUACUCUGAUCAAGGACCAUUGAUGGAAAUCCUCAGGAAUGAGAAUGAGGAAGUAAGUGUGACCUUGGAGGACACUAAGAACGCUUCAGUGCUCCUGAUCAGGAAGCUGUUUCUGCUCAUGCAGAACCUGGAAGCUUUGCCCAGUUCGGUUUUCCUCAGUAUGAAACUCUACUACAAUGAUGAUGUCACACCACCUGAAUAUGAGCCACCAGGAUUUAAAGCAGGUGUAUAUGACAAUGUGUGGUUCGAGGGAACUGCAGUGCACUUUAGAGUGGGCGAUCUGCAGUCUUGCUUUCACACCAUGAAGUUGCGCGUGACAGCAGCACAGAGCCGCCUCGGAAAGCUACAGGACGAAGGCCAGCAGGAUAACGGAAGAGUAAAUGAGAAACAGGCUCGCUGUAAAGUCAAAGCAGCAGAUGAGGUGACCGAAGACUUCUGUGACCAGGAUCUGCCAUCUGAGAAUGAGUCAGCUGCACAGUUUAAGAUAUCCAAAAGAACUAUAGCAAAGAGGAAAAGCAGGGGGAACAACAUCUCAAAGAAAAAAAAGAAGAAAGCUCUACGUUAACGUACAAUAUGUUAAUGUCAGGCAAACAGUAACUUAUGCAUCAGAUUUUAUAUGAAUUUAAAUAG